AUGCCUAGCAAGAAACGAGGCUCGCGCAAGCACAGGGAAUCCCACCGAGACGAAUCACCGCGCGGACGAGGAGAAGCGCGCAAUGGCGACAGCGGCUUAACGAAUGCGGAGGCGGGGGAAGGCGGAGUGUGCGGAAGCGCAAGCAGCGCUAGCAGCGCGAGCAGCGCAGGGUCGAAGACGCGGAAAGUGGCAGUGGCACGAAUAGUGGCGGCGUUUUACCCAAAGUUCGAGAACGAAUCUGCGGAUGGCGAGGUCCGCGGGGAGAUAGAGAGGCUUGUCGGCAAUGGCGUUGGCGUUCUCGAGGUUUCAGUGAAGCACAGCGGCUCUCUCUUUCUGUGGGCGGGGGCGAGGAGAGGCGCGUAUGCUAAGAACUCCUACGGCAACGAGUACUCAGCAGUGGGCGUGUGGGUGCUGGGAGAAACUCUGCGCAACGCGUGGGGGGAGGGCGUGGUGCGGCAGAAGGAGAGGGAGCUGAGCGACUACCUGGAGGUCAGUGGGUCCCGGGGGCAAUGCAAUGGGGGAGGCAGCGCAGUAAGUGGUUUCUGCAUCUGUUUUCGAGUUGCCUUAAGAGUCACUUCGUGGGGGGAGGGCGUGGUGCGGCACAAGCAGCGGGCGGUGAGCGACUACCUGGAGGUCAGUCACUCACUUCACUGGGCUGGGGUUAUGGCGGAGCCAGUGACGGAAGCUGCCACUGUAUCUCACCAUCGCAUGGCUGUAGGCAUGGAGCUGGUCACAUCAGUGCUGGGGGAUCACGGGCAGAGACCGCUGCAGGAUUAUGUGGUGGUGACAGCAGUCACGGACAUGGCAAGCCACCCUCCGCGCUUCCUCUCCACCCCCGAGGUGCUGCGCUUCUGUCACACCUGGCGCCUGCCCUUCAACUCCUACUGGCUCUUCCAUUCUUCGCGGUCGUGCUCACAGCUGUUUGCAGCAUACUCAGCGCUGAGUGAGGAGGGCACGGCGCACUCAGUAGAGGAGACGCUCACUGGAAUCGCAGACGUCACCAUUGCAGGCACUGCGUCGCAUGGGAAGCUUCAAGGAAACAUCAUGGAGGGGCUGGUGGCGAGGCUGGUGAGCCCCAGGAGCCUGCAGCAAGUGAGAGAGCUCAAGGCAGAGAUGCUGGCCGGCCCGGCGCCCAGCUAUCCCGUGGGAGCAGGCACGAGGCUGAGAGAUCUCUUCUCUCAACACGACUCCAUGCGCGAGGUGGGUGAGGGUGGGGCGAUGCAGGAGGUGAGGCUUGGAGAGGAUAUCAGAGGAGAUGCAGUGAGUGAGGCUGGGCGAUGCAGUGCUAGGAAUGCGUUUGCCCUAGUUCAAAGGGAACACUUUCUUCAUUCGGUCAGUUGCCCCUCUUCGAACAUGUCCCGAAGGCCUUUCUCUGCUUCCUCCCUCUACUCCUCAUCUCUCUGCUGCCUCAUCUGUCUUUUCUCCCCCCCCCCGUUUUCUCUUGACCUCAUCCACCAGCGCAUCGCCCAUCUGGUGGAGGAGGCAGGAGACGCCAUGUGCAGCACCGGGCAGUGGGGGGAGGGCGUGACGGGGGGGUAUGGGAGUGGAGGCGAGGAUGAGGAAGGAGGCACUGUGGUGGAGGGGGAGGAGAGUGAGAGUGCGGGGAAGGCCAAGCAGAGGCGGAGGGAGCAGGAGGAGGAGGAGGAGCGGCGUGUGACUGACUGGCUGAACUCGCUGCUGAGCUGCACUGCUGCAGAUAAUGAGACCAGCAAGCUGCAGGCCAUGCUGCGAGCGGUGAGAGCCGAGAAGCUCAAAGUGAGGUUUAACAAGAACCCCGGGCUAUGGCCUCUGUACCGAGGAUUCUUCCUGGAAGCUGCGGUUGUGGAAGUGGACAAGGGCACGGGGAAGCAAUUGGUAGCUGCAACAGCUGAUGCUGCUGCUGCUGCUGCUGCUGCUGCUGCUGCUGCUGGUGAUGGUGAUGAUGAUGAUGAUGAUGAAGUGGGAAGCGGGCGGAAGGAGAAGGCAAAGGAAUUGAGAGAGGAGGAGAGUGCGGAGGGCAAGGCCAGGGAGGAGGAGGAGGAGGCGGAGGAGGGUGGGAAGGAGGAGGGCGGGGAGAGGAAGGAGGUGCCGCAUGUGAUGCUGAAGAUGAAGUUUCUGCCGUACAAGCUAAGGACGUUCCUCAUUCGCAACGGGCUCGGCACUCUGCUGAAGAAAGGCCGUCAUGAAUACAUGGCGUAUGCUACCAGGCUGCUCAAGGUGUGGGGCACGUCACCAGCUGCAACUCGCGAGAUGACCGCGCUCUGCCGAGCAUGGGCGGAUUAUGUGCUAGGCCCGCCCGACUCCCCCCGCCCUCCCAAGUCCGUCUCCUCGAACUCCUACCUCGAUUAUGCCGAGCCCUUUCUUGCUGCCUACGCCAAGAGGGGCGCAGCACAGGCCAAGGCAGUGGGGUCCGCAUGGGAGGGGGAAGCAGGGGAGGGGAGGGAGGGGAAGAGAGGGGACGGGGGUGAGGGGAUGCGGGGGGAGGAGAGUGGAGGGGAGGGAGGGGGAGCGGAGGGGAGGGGGGAGCAGGGCAAGGGGCUGCUGGUGUUCUUCCCGGGGAUCCCUGGGUGUGCCAAAUCCGCUCUCUCUGAAGCCCUUAUGCAGAUGAUGGGUAGAGGCAGUGGGGCCGGUGGAGGCAGUGAUUCAGCUGAGCAGGCAUGGACUGGCAGGGAGGGCGAGUCGUCUGCGCAGGUAGCGAGAGACGGGGGGGAUGCUUCAGCGGACCCUGUUGCAGGAGCAGAGGCAGGGGCGGUAGAGGAGGAGGAUGGGUGGCAGGAGGUGACGAGAGGGAAGGGCAAGGGGAAGAAAGGUGGGAGAGGUGGCGGGGAGAAAGGACCGGGGGCAGGAGGGGGAGGUGGAGGAGAAAGGGGAGGAAGGAGAGGGGAGAGAGCGACAGGGGGUGAGGGAGGAAGCAAGGAGGGAGGGAAGGGAAGAGGGGAGGUGGAGGAGGGUGGAGGGCCGUUGGGGGAUGGGAGGGAAUGCUUGCACAUUAUGGGCGACAAGACAAUCGGCAAGUACUGGAAGGUGUUGGGGGCGCGCAUGAGGAAGGAGAGGGGGGCGAGGGUGAACGUGCUGGCGGAUAAGAAUGCGCCCAACGAGGACGUGUGGAACCAGAUAGAAGCCAUUUGCCACGACACAGGGCUGAUAGGCGCGCCUGUUGUGCCUGCCUCGCUCGGUAAGCUGUCUUUUGAGACGUCUCAAAGCCACGACACAGGGCCGAUAGGCGUACCUGUUGUGCCUGCCUCGCUCGGCACACUGCACAACGCUUUCGACUGGCGAGUGCUGGCCGUGUUUCUGUUCCGCGUGAUUCAGCGCACCAACCACCCUGGCGAUUUGGAUGCCAGCUCACCAGCUCCAGGGCAAGUGGUGCUCAACUUCCAUUCGCUCUACGGCAGACAUAACCGGGAGGACUUUGAGGCGGAGCUGAAGCAGCGCUUUGGUGUGCUCGUGACCAUGCCUGUUGUCAAACCUGACUCCAAGGAGCCUCUGAAAACGCCAAUGGCAGAGGAGGUGUUGGAGUGGGAGGGGGAGUUGAGAGCGGUGCUGCACAAGCAUGCCCACUACCUCACAUCCAUCCAGCUGCCUCUUGACCAAGUGGUCGCUACAGUCCAAAACCAGCUCCACCAGAUCGCUACAGGACAAAUCCGGCCACUGGUCACCACCAAGACGAGCUUCCGCAGCAUUCGCCUGGCAGCGGUGGUGAUUGAUCCCGCUGCUGAUGUGGCACCGGGCGGCGCUGACGUGGCAACAAGUGGGCGACAGCUAUUGCAGACGUUGGAAGAGCUGGCGAGAUCUGAUUCGUCGGUGGCAGAGUUCUGGAAAACGGCAGAAGGGCCUCUGAGAAAGAAACUGGACGUGGGUACCAGUGGUGCUGCUGUCGCUGCUGGUGGUGCUAGUGGCGCUGGUGGUGGUGGGGGGUUGGGGUGGCUGCAUGUGACUCUGGCCCACAAGAAGGAGCAGGGCGUGCCGGCAGUGGUGGGGUAUGCUCCCAUGGAGGGGCGUGCAGUGACGGUGCUGGCAACGGCGCUGCUGUUUGAUCAACAUGUGGCUGCACUCGCCGUGGAGCUGAGGGAAGGGGAGGAGGGGGAGGCGGUUCGCUCGCUUAAUCCGUUUGCGCACGUCACUUUAUGGCAGGCGGAAGGGGCAAAGGCCGUUCAAUCGCUGGACCUGCCCAGUGCAGUAGAGCGAGGGGAGGCCACGCUGCGGCUCAUGAUGUACUGCUUUGGGGAUGAUCCCGAGGUGAGCCCUGGCUCUGUCGGUGAUGGUAGUCCCGAGCCCCUGCCAGAGUCAGUGGGGCUGGUGGGGGAGAUGGUCACACACACCCUCGCACUCCCGCAUCUCUCUCUAUCCCCCCUCACCACAAUCAUUUACGUGCCCUCACGUGUCACACCAGCCCCUGGCGGAAUCGGUGGAGCUAGUGGAGGAGAUAGUGAUCGACCCCUACCCGAGUCAGUGGAGCUAGUGGAGGAGAUAGUGAUCGAGUACAUCACUGACCUCGUGCAUCGGGCUCAGGAGGUGGCAGCCAGGCGAGGCCGCCUCACCACAGAAGACGACCCACGCAAGUUUGCAAGAGCCAGGGAGUUACUGGCAAUGAACGUGGAGCUGAAAGAAGCAAGAAAGGCAUUCCAAGAGGAGCAAUAA